AUGUCUAAGCGAAAGCCUUCUAUACCGUCUAAAUCACAACAACGAGCUCCGGAGCCGACAUUAAAGAGCAAGGACAGUUUGAAAUCGCCAACUCAUGACGUGUACUCAUCAUCCUCAUCGCUGAAACCGUCAAAACCAAAUGCAACAACGAAAACUAGUUCUGGAGCUACAAAGUCCAAGACGAGUGCUGCUGUCGCUGCCUCUACGGCAAGAGAAGAUGAUUAUGAGGAUGAUUUCGAGGCAGAUGGACUAGAUCCAGCACCUCCUAAAGACGCAUAUGAAGAGGAUUUCGAAGGAUAUGAUGACGAUUUUGAGGGAUUUGAAGAACCUGAAGUGCCUCGUGGCACAAAACCAGAACUGAAGAAACCUGGUCUUGUCACGGAAUCGAGAUCAAUAGCACCAGCACCUGCAUUUACAGAACCACCGAUAUCACCUAUUUCUAAAUCACAUGCGCGAGAUGAUCAUGGAGACGAGGAAGGAGAAGAGACUUUGUCACAACAGCAGCCAGGUGUCGUGCCAGCCAAGAUUACCAAGGCCUCAAUCAUUGACAGUAACUGUAUCGUGGUGGAACCGCCUUUACCGACGCAAGCCUUACGGAGAGCAUUAAUUCAACGAGCAAAAGACUUAAAAAGCUAUGUGGAUUUGGAUUUUGUAUCAUUUGAUCUGUUCGAUCUUGCACCUAUGAAUGAGUAUGAGGUCUAUAUUCGUAACUAUGGGUUGUUGAAUGCCGCACAGGUCGGAACACAAACGAAUCAAGACGGCGUCGAACAAGACGCCCAAACAGAAGAUUGGCUAGUUGAAGAUAAAUGGUCACAAGCACCCUCAUGGGAAUUGCCAACAACAUCUACUACUAACAAUGGCUAUGGAAACACGCCGAGAACAUCUCGAGACAAUCUGAAUCAGGAUUCGUCAAGGCUGCUCAAGCCAGCUAUACCAAAUCCGAUACGUUUAGAUCGAUUCUUGCAGAAAGCUAGAUCUGUAAUGGAGGUUUUGUUGGAUGAGAGUAAUGGUGACGCUGGAUUUGGGGUGUUUUCAGAGCCUAGUCGGUUGGGAUGUAGUUCCGGAUUUGCGGAGUUUGUGGAUCCGAAUCUGUUCGCUGAUCGUCGCAUUCAGGUAUUGUCUAUACAUGGCAGUGACAACCAAAUCUUGUUGUCGGCAUGGUCACUACCUAAAAAGUCUUCACACAAGUUGUUGAUGGAUCAAGGCGUUGUUUGUCUUUGGAGGGUGUCGAGUCCUCAUGUUCCAUACAAGAUUCUGACGUGUGAAUCAUAUGUGACAACAGCAUGCAUCAUGCCCUAUAAACCUCAUCUCAUAAUAGCAGGAACUCGUGAUGGUGGUGUAAUAGUAUGGGAUUUACAUUCAUCAGUUGACCAAUCAUCUGGUGUCUCAGGUGGUAAUGUCAUUGUAGUUGAAGGACAAGAAAUUUCCAUCAUAGAGCCUUCGUAUUCUACUUAUGGCAUACAUCAGCCUGAUCGAGCUCAUAUGGACGAGAUUGUGUCUGUGAUUCCACUUCAGAAGCGGGCCGAGAGUCUGCAGACUAUGCAAGUGAUGUCUAUUGAUGCUAGUGGACAUGUGCAGUCAUGGGUUUUGAUUGAACUUGAACAGCCCGCUACCGCUGCUUCAGAACACUUGGACUCUGGAAUGCGAUUUGGCAGUCGAGUCAAGUUGAUUCAGAGUGCAGGAUUCCAGAUCCGGCCUCCCAUCAAAACCAAUGACGCGUUAGACAUGCAUGUGAAUGCAGUAGCGUUUUCGGAUGAUCGUGGAGGAUUCUUGGUAGCACUACAUACUGGCCACAUUCUUAAUGUAUCCCGUCACGGUCAAGUACAAGCACCACGUCACUAUCUGCCUAUGAGCCAUAUGCCAGGGGACGCUGCCACAUGCAUAUGCAUACACCCAUUCUUGCCACGUGUCUUUAUAGUAGGAUAUGAAUCAGGAAUGAUGGCUCUCUUCCACACUACCUUGCCUAUAGCAGUCACAACUUGGCCAAGUAGUACUAACGUCAGUACCAGUAUCAAGCACAUACAGUGGUCAAGACAUCGUCCUUCAGUGUUUUUUGCAUUGGAUGAUCAAGGAUGUGUGUCUGUAUGGGAUUUGAGUGAGUCUGAUGUUGGGCCAUGCUUCCAGUAUGGAGGUGACUUUAAAAAGAAGAAGAAAGAUCAGGAUCAAGAUGUUGUUGAUGCGCUGACUGUAUCUCAUGAGAACAGGAUGGCUGUCGAAGCAAUCAAACCAUCAACACCAACAGUGGUAGAUGUCGAGAUGAAGACUCCUGCUGAACUGUUGGCUGAAGCAAAUACUCUCGUCGUAACAGGUCAGGAAUACGCAUAUUUAUAUCUGAUUUUAUAUAUUACUCGUCGAGACACUGCGUUGGCCCAACAUCAAAAUUCGAGAAAUGUAAUGAAUUGGCGUUACCUAACGACAUCAAACACCGUAGACAUCAAGAACAAUAUCGCAUUAUUGGAGCGCGCUGUAUCUGAAAUCGAAACACGAUUCACUACUCGUGUAUUGAGAUCUACCCAAGCAUUCCGGAAACGAUUGAAUGCUGAGGUUUUGAGUCAGGCAUUGAAUCAGCAUUUAGCUAAAGAUUCACAUACAAAGAUUACAUUGCAUGCUGCCUUGGGUAUGGGAGACGUCAUGGAAGUAGACGAAGUCGUAAACGGGCAUCAUCCAUCGUCGACAGCACCUACCACACCCGAAGUUGAAAUCUAUUUGGGAAUGUUGGUUGUCUUGUUUAUACAUGAUCAAAAGCAUUACGUCAAGGGUAAAGAACUGACAACCAAAAUCAUUGCUCAAAUCCAAUCAUUAAAUCGACGAACCAUGGACCAAAUCGCUGCUAGAAUCUACUUUUAUAUGGCGCGAUUCUAUGAAUUGACUGGUGAUUUCGUAUCCGUUAGACCACUACUCUUGGCUGCUCAUCGAACUGCCACUUUACGUCAUGAUCCAGACACGCAGGCAACCGUCCUGAAUCUGUUGCUUCGAAGCUAUUUAUCUGCCAAUCUAUAUGAUCAAGCAGACAAGUUGAUUUCAAAAGCAGUCUUUCCCGAAACUGCUCCUAAUAAUCAACAUGCUCGUUUCCUAUACUAUCAAGGUCGAAUCAAGGCUAUUCAGUUGGAUUACACUGAAGCCAAUAGAUCACUACAACAAGCUAUUCGCAAAGCUCCACAAACCAGUGCUGCUGCUGGAUUUCAACAAGCUGUCAACAAACUAGCUAUUAUUGUGCAAUUAUUGACUGGUGAUAUCCCAGAGAGAUCCAUCUUCCGUCAGCCAAUGUUGCGUAAAGCAUUGUUGCCCUAUUUUGAAAUCACUCAAGCUGUAAGAUCUGGAAACGUGAAUGGAUUCCCCAAAGCUGUUGAUGAACACAAGGCUACUUUCCUUGCUGACAGGACCUAUACUCUUAUCUUGCGACUCCGUCAUAAUGUCAUCAAGGCUGGAUUACGUAGAAUCAGUAUCGCCUAUUCUGCCAUCUCUCUGCGAGACAUUUGUGAGAAACUCAAGUUGGAUUCUGAACAAGAUGCUGAAUAUAUCGUCGCCAAGUCAAUUCGUGAUGGUGUGAUUGAUGCCACCAUUGUUCAUGAGAAGGGAUACAUGAAGUCCAAGGAGAUUGUUGAUCUGUAUUCGACCAAUGAGCCACAAAAUCAAUUUCAUCAACGUAUUACUUUCUGUUUGGAUUUGCAUAAUGAGUCUGUCAAGGCUUUGAGAUUCCCUAUGAAUGCAGUCAACAAGGACUUGGCGUCUGUGAAUGCAGCUAGAGAAGAAGAACGUAAAUUGGCUAGAGAGAUUGCAGAUGGAGACUUUGAUGAGGAUGACGACAUGGGAUUUGAGUAG